AUGUCUGAUGAAUCGGAUAAUAGAAAUGGCACUGCACCAACCAAUCAGCCAUUCAUAGAUGCCAUCAAACGAAUAAAAAAUAUUAAUUUAGCCAAGAUAUUUAAUAAUUUUAACGAAUAUAAUUCAUCUAACAAUUUGCCAAAUAGUGAAUUAUAUGAUGCUAUUUGUAGUGACUUGAAAUUUUUUCCAAAUAAUGUGCACCCAAAUGUUUUUUUACUCAAUGAUAUUGUAGAAGAAAAAGGUACUGUUGUUGACACAUUAAAUAUUAAAAAGGAAGGUAAAGAUUUAAUAUCAUUUGAAAACUGCCUAAAUAAAUAUCAAAUUGGCAGGCAUGAAAACCUAGGAAAUGUUACUGGACCUAAAUCCUAUUAUUAUUUUAAUAAUUUAGCCUUGUUAGAGAGAGCUCUUUUCAAAUACAUUAUGGAAAUAUUAAUUAAAAAUAAUUUUAUUAUAAUCAAUUCACCAUCUAUCAUCCAUAAGUCAUACAUAGAAGGUUGUGGAUUUCCUUUAGACAGUGUAAGAGAUCAAAUAUAUUAUCUGAAUCCGCACAUAUUUCCAAACAUUUGCAUGGCUGGCACAUCUGAAAUUCCUUUAGCUUCAUAUUUUAGCAAUAUAACUUUUUUAAGAAAAGAAUUACCAAUCAAAGUUUGUGCAAUUAGUCGCUGUUAUAGAGCAGAAAUAACAUCAAAUAAAAAGGAACAUGGUUUAUAUAGAGUCAACUAUUUUGAUAAGUUAGAAAUGUUUGCUAUAACCUCCUCAGACCUGGAUAAUCAAGAAAGUGAAAAUAUGUUAAAGCAUUUUGUCAGUUUACAAAAAGAAAUUUACUCAAAUUUGGGGCUACAUUUGAGAGUUUUGGAGAUGGCUGGUCAUGAGCUAGGCCUACCCGCUUACCAUAAAUUCGACAUCGAAUCCUGGAUGCCUGCUAGAAAGAUUUUCGGUGAAAUUUCAAGCGCGUCCAAUUGCACCGAUUUUCAGAGUCGAAGACUUAAUAUUAAAUACAUACCCGAUAUAAACGAUGAUUCUCACGAUAAUUGUAUAGUAGAUGAUUCCGUAAACAAAACGGGAACAAAACCAUAUUGUUUUGUUCACACGGUAAAUGGAACUGCAUGCGCGAUUCCCAGAUUAAUGAUAUCGUUAAUCGAAACUCACUAUGAACCUAAAAAUAAUUUCAUAAAAUACCCUAAAGUUUUGUUACCCUUUUUAAAUUUUUUUUAUGAUAAUGAUAUAAACUUAGAUCUGGCAAUCACUGAACCAAUAGAAAGAUGGAGCCAACGACCACUUAAAACUAAACGUUAAUAAUUUGUAAACAUAUAUAUAAUAAAUUAUUUUGCAUAUUUUUGUAACUUUACAUAAUUUUAAAACAAAUUUAUAAAAUGGA